AUGCCAGUGAUCAGACGAAUACCCGAUAACAAGAGGAGGUCGCGCACCGGUUGUAUACCAUGUCGACGUCGCCGAAGAAAAUGCGAUGAGCAAAGGCCCCAGUGCGGGAGCUGUCAGGGCAGGAAUGUGACCUGCGAGUUCAAAGAGUGGACCUUUGUUCCAGGGGUGCGAUCAUCACUGCGCAGAGAUGACUGUGCUCGAGAUGAUACUCGAGGGGAUACUCCCGAAGAGUCUGAUUCCCUCCUACCCAUGCAGGAUUCCUUCGUAUCGUUCAUAGAUGACAGCCCCUCUACCCUCGACCCAGUCCUCGCGAGCCCUUUGCCUAGUACAGUCAGAAGCGAUCGAAUCGACUCUACUCAAAACACCACCACCAAUACUUCCCAACCGACCACCAUAACAUCUACCCAUCAUCACCCGAACAAUGAAGGGAACCAGAUCCCCACACCUGCCCGAUGGAAUGAAACGGUCCUGUCGGAGCAAAACUCCUCCGAACGACAAACGGCUAUGCUCCGUUUUCGAUAUCAAAUAGUACCUUGGCUUGAUUCAAAUGCCCCGAGAUCUUCUUUCGGGCCCAAGAUCAUGACUUUGGCAGCCGAAAAGUCCGUCAUUAUGGAUGUCAUCGUGUGGGUUGCGAUGCGGCGGAGCAGAGCAUCAACUGUUUCAGAAGGGGACUUUCACCUUGUCCAACAUCUUCAGCAUCGGCUGUCCCUAGAAAGUGCUUUUACAGCCGACGUAGGGAGAUCCUUACUGGCGCUGGGCAACUUCUUCUAUACAUCGCCAUCUGAGUGGGCGAAUCUGCAUCCUGAUCGCUCAUUUGGAGAGGAUCGAUAUCAGUUCUUUGAGAAUCAGGAAGAACCUCUCAAGACUCUAGAUCGGUUCCACUUCAAAGCUGAACUGGCUGCUUCCAUCGUAGCGUCGAGGUCGCCCUCGUCCCGACCCUCGGUAUCACUAAUGGACGAGGCUCUAUUAAGUCCCAGCAUGUCUCCAUGCGCCAUCUAUGACACAUGCUUGGCACAUCUGACGUCGUGUUGUCAACUGAUACACAACAAAGUCAUUCCCCUACUCAAUGGCUUCACCACCAUACAAUCUCCAACACAAGAACCCAGUUCUCUAGUAUGGGCGACAUGGUCGAGUCUAUGGGCAAGGUGUGUACAGUGGUUCCGAGAUCGUCCACCAGACAUGGUCCCUCUGCUGGAAAGCUCCGAGGUAGACGCACACACAGCUACCACCACCUCUCCAUUCACAGCGGAUGUCUAUUCAAGUGCCAUCGCAGUACAAGCAAAUCUCACAAUGCACUAUUCCUCCCUACUUCUACUUUCCUACAAACCUCGACUGGUCAAGCUCUCAUCGACACCACAUCGUCUAACAUCCAAGAGCUGGCACGCCCAGAAGCUUGCGAAGUUGGCUUUAUGGAACAACUUCCCCGAUCAAUGGGAUCCUGUCGUGGUAGCAACCGUAGUUCGGAUUGCGAGAGACAUGACGUAUCCUUCCCAACAAGAAGCUCUACUAUCUUGCUUCCAACGGAUUGGUGAUGCGACUAAAAUUCCACUCCAAAGGGAGAUUACAGAUCUGCAGCAGUUCUGGUCUUCCUCGCGACAUUCCAAUGCCCCUACCAACCUCCAUUCCUAA